CUUAAAAGUUUAAAUCCUAAAAAAUAAAGUGCAAAGAGACUAGUUUUUCAAUAUUUUAAGUGUUUGGUUUUGGAUGGAAGAAAAAGAUGUCUUUCUUCAAUUCUUCCGGAGCAAUUCAGUUUGCUUUUCAGUCUUCACUAAUUUACCUUCAUUGUAUUCAACCCCAAAUUGGCAGGCAUUUGAGGGAGGGAGAACCACCGUCGUUAUCCCUACCCUCCUCGAAGCUGCCGCCGGCGACUUCGCCGUUCCCGCCGCCACGGGGCUCAUCGUCGCCGUCUUCAUCUAGCCGCUUCUAGAAGCUGAGUUAUUACUCUUUUGUGAUUCAACUAGGUUUGAAUCACCAUGAGUUCAAGCCCUGUGAAAGAGUCCCAAAACACACCGACAAGCUCACAAGAAGCUGAGAAGAAGCCUAUCGAACCCAUUCGGCUUCCAACAGUUGAGGAAGUUCGAGGCCAGGACAUAUGGAACAACUGCGCCAUCCGCAGCGUCGCAAGUGGAAUCAUGGGAGGGGGGCUAGGAUUGGCCAUGGGUCUGUUUUUGGGGUCACUGGACACCCAUAUUUUGGACGAUGAAAUGACAAGUAAGCAAAAAAUUGUGUACCAAGCAAAGCAGAUGGGUCGGAGGAGUUGGAGUUCUUGCAAGACCUUUGCUGUUAUGGGUUUGAUAUUUUCUGCCGCAGAAUGUGUGGUUGAGAAGGCCAGGGCGAAACAUGACAUUGCCAACACUGCAGUUGCUGGAUGUGUAACUGGAGGCGCAUUAUCAGCCAGAGGAGGUCCAAAGGCAGCAUGCGCCGGUUGUGCUGGCUUCGCUGCAUUCUCUGUUGUGAUCGAGAAGUUCUUAGAAAGGAUGAACUAAAGAAGCUUUCAAGGUUAUAACCCAAACCAAGAAAUUUUGGAAUUUUAUUGUCUUCCUUGCCUACAAAUUUGCUGCUGAUUUUGUUAUUUCUUACCAUGUGAGAGGGGUUUUUUUGUUGAAAUGUGCCUUGAAAUAUAUACUUUAUACUCCCCCAAAAUGAACUUUAGGCAUUCCUUUUCCAUCCUCCAAAAUAGACUAUACACUAUCCACUUUCCCUUAUUAUGAAAUGAAUAUGUAGCUCAUAU